AUGCCGUCACGAGAGUUCAUCUACCAAUUACCUCCAGACACAAGAGCCACCAAUGGCGAAUAUAUCGAGAUUUUCCCUAUGGACAAACCACUACAGGAGUCAGCUACAACCAAGUAUCGCGAAUGGCUUGCUAUUACUGCCGACCAAGUCAAGCAAUGGUCACCAGACUUGGUCGUACAUGUCAGGCUAGAUGUCAAUAACGGGGCUGGAGUCUUCAAGCUUGGGAGAGCUGCGCCGAAAGAGGGAUGCCACAAUAUCCCAGAUGUCGAUCGUAAGGCUUUCACCCGAGCAGGAUACAAAAAUGUUUUCACAAAACCAGCCGCUUUUUUGAAUACCAAUCUGGAUAUUGACUCUGUUUUCGAAAUAUGGCAGACUGCUUGCUCCUCGUUGACCUCAUCCGUGGCGAUGGAAUCAUCAAUGAAGAACGGCACCCUUGAGUUUAAAUACAAGUGGGCGGUCGAUGUGAAGCUGAGCGACGAGCCAACGUCCUAUACAUGUGGAUAUCAGUACUACAUUAGUAUGCUACAAGCAGAGAAGACGACGGGGAAGAAGGACCAUGUGUUCGUGUCCGUGCCAAAGUGCGAGAUCAAAGAGGAGGUGCGCUUGUCGACUCAAGUGAUAGAGGAGCUCAUCAAGGCUGUCGUCGACGUCCAGGGAAAGACUGAGGAUCACUAA